AUGGGCUUUUUCGCCAAGAAGGCUCCGGAGGAGCAUGUCACUGCCGACCCCGCGACGCCCGCCUACGACGAGAAGACGGGCGAGCAGCCUGGCGACAGGUCGAGCGACGACGAGCCCAUCGGAAAGGAUGUCCAAGCCGGUGUUGCCAAGGUCGAGGCCAUGACCGCCGUUUGGACUAAGCGCGAUCUGAUCAUUGCCUAUGCCCUCAUCUGGCUGUUCUACGUCGUCACCUCCAUCCAGGAGGUCUCGAUGCGUGUUUUGUCGCCCUUCGUCACCAGUGAAUUCGCCUUACACUCUCUGACAGCGACCACUAGCGUCAUGUCAACCCUCAUCGCUGGUCUCAUCAAGCUGCCGCUGGCCAAGAUUCUUGACACUUGGGGUCGCCCCCAGGGUCUCGGCUUGAUGCUCAUCUGCUGGGUCCUCGGGUUCAUCAUGAUGGCUGCUUGCAAGAAUGUUGAAACCUACGCCGCGGCUCAGGUUUUCUACUCCGUCGGAUCCCAGGGCAUCAGCUACUGCGUCACCAUCUUCAUCGCCGACACCUCGACCCUCAAGAGCAGAGCGCUCAUGCUCUCCUUCGCGACCACCCCCUACAUCUUCAUCACCUGGGCGGCUGGGCCCAUCACUGAGAGCAUCCUCAGCGAUGACGGCAUGGGAUGGCGCUGGGGCUUGGGCAUGUGGGCAAUCAUUGCCCCUGUCGUUGUCGGCCCCCUCGUUCUCCUUUUCCUGUGGAACCAGCACAAGGCGAAGAAGAUGGGUAUCAUCGACGGCCGUGGGUCAAUCAAGAACAUCAACCCUAGCAAGAUUCUCAAGUUCCUGAUUGACGUCGACGCUCUUGGAAUCCUGAUUCUCGCCUCCGGCAUGGCUCUGUUCCUCUUGCCGUUCAACAUCUACUCUUACCAGACCGAAGGAUGGCGCUCUCCCAUGAUCAUUGCCUUCGUCGUCGUUGGCUUCUUCUUGAUCAUUGGAUUCGUCCUGUACGAGAAGUUCCUGGCCCCCGUCACCUUCGUUCCCUUCUCGCUCCUGAUGGACAGGACUGUCUUCUUCGGCGGUUUGAUGUUUGUCUUCGUCUUCUUCAACUCGGCUGUCUGGGGCUCCUUCUUUAACUCCAUGCUCAUGGUUGUCUGGAACACAACCGUUGCGCAGGCCACUUACAUCAGCAACAUCUACCGCACCGGGUCUUGCUUUUUCUCCAUCAUCAUCUCGGCUCUGAUCUACAAGACGGGACGCUUCAAGCCGUUCGCUCUGUAUUUCCUCGUCCCUCUGAUGAUGCUCGGUGUCGGUCUCAUGAUCCACUUCCGCCAGCCCAACCAGUCCAUUGGAUACAUCAUUAUGACCCAGAUCUUCGUCGCCUUCGCUGGUGGCCCCAUCACCAUCUGUGGUGAGAUGGCUAUGCUUUCGCCCUCCGACCACCAACACGUUGCCGUCAUCAUGGCUAUUCUGGAUCUUUUCGGCAGUAUCGGCUCAACCGUCGGUUACACCGUUGCUACCGCCAUUUGGACCGGCACCUUCAGGAAGAACAUCAUCAAGUACACGCCCGCUGGUACUCCGGUCGACACCAUCUACAACGACAUCACCAGCCAGCUUAGCUACGCGAUUGGCACACCCGAGCGCAUUGGUAUCCAGCGCGCCUACGGUGACUCGCAGCGCAUCAUGCUCAUCACCAGUGUCUGUCUCCUGGUCGGUGCGCUUGCCUCCGUCGCCAUGUGGCGCGACAUCAACGUCAAGAAGAUCAAGCAGGUGCGCGGAAACGUUGUUUAA